CGACCCAGCACCAGAGUUGACCAAUCAAAAUGCAAGCUAGCUGUGAUGUCACGACGCUGCUGUGGCUGUGCAGCGAGGCGACUCUUGCUUCCUUUACAGUAAUUUUCUUGUAAUUAUUUUAUUCGAGCUUUUGAAUCUCAGUGCGAAUGACAGUCAGUGAGGGACAGAGGCACGUUUCAUGUAGUGUAAACCAUCGAAGAAUCGACUCCAUGGAGGUCGUGGACAGCCCGCUCAACCUUGCUCACCAGCAGUGCAGACAGGCCGACCGUUUGGUAGCUGCUGGGAAGUAUGAAGAGGCCAUCUCCUGCCAUCGAAAAGCAGCAGAUUUUCUGACUGAGGCAAUGAAGGCACCCGCGUGUGAGCAGGCUCGUUUGUCCAUGGAGCUACAGAGGGACAGUCACAUUAAACAGCAACGAUUAAUCCAAGAGCGCUGGAAGAGAGAAGCUCGGCGAGAGGCGGUUAAGACACGACUUGGCCUAGUGCAGGCUACCGGGCCAGGGUUCUUUUCAAAACCUCCGUCCACAGGCAGCAGCCGGCCCAAUGCCUCUCCAGGCGCCUCAGCUGCAGAGCUUGGAAGCGUUGGGGAGAGGGAGUAUGACACCUUACUAUACCAGCUUCAGACUCGGCAGACUGGAGGAACACAGAUUUUAACUCCAGUGUGUUCGGGAUCUAAAACCACCAAAGAUGACAAAACUCGCCUGGAAGAACAACAGACGACCAUCGAGAACUUGCGACUCCUGGUUGAUAACCUGACGAAUGAAAACCAGCGGCUGAGAGCCGAGAACGAGCGGCUACGACUGGAAAACAUGAGGCUGCACUCGGAGGCAGCCGACUUUGUGGAGCGCUCUGAGCUCUGGGUGCUCCCACAAGCAGGUGGUCCUAUGGGAACCGGAGUUGGACAGGGAGGGGAGAGCAAAAGGAAGGGAAAGGAGAUCGCAAUCCCUCAGCUGCCACCGUUGGAAAUGCCAGCUCAGGAAGACCUGUGUCUGGAUGACCUGCCUCCUCUGGAGCUGCCAGAGGACAUCCAGAAUGAACUGCAGGAGCUACUAGACAGGGAUAAGCUGUAAUAAAACACAUCACACACACAGAUACAUGUGGUUCAACCAAUACGACUUUGAGUUCAGAUGCCAAAAUGUUAUACAGUGAAGCUACCGGCUCUGACCCACGAGGCCUCUGCUCUGGUGGAAUCGGACUACAGGAAGUCAGACAGCAGUCAGUGUUUAUGCAACUGGAGCAACAAACGAGAACAUCAGAGAGGGAGGAAGUGAUAACACUACUAUCACUGAUGCAAGGCAGUCCAAGUCACAAAGGAAACGUUCACUAAUCUGUGAGAACAUCAGUGAGGCUGUAUGUCAGCAUGACUUACACUGAACUCUGUUUAAGGAGAGCAGGACAGGAAUACGGUCAAGAUUCAAGGUUUUUCCAAAACUUUCACUUAUGUCUCAAAGUCUUCUACUGUAUUAUCACAUGUCCCAGAUCUCUCUCACACACACACACACACACACACACACACACACACACACACACACACACACACACACACACACACACACACACACAGAGCUUUCCUACAAGAGUUAUGACAUAAUUCUGUGUAUGUGUUUGCUACCGCAGGCCUGAGAUAAAGACUGAGUGUUGAAUGUCUGGAUGAACUGCUCCUAAAAUUCUUUUGUAACCACACACGCAGAUGCAUUCAGAUCAUGAUCAUGUGUAACUUAAUUAUAAGAAAGCAUAUUGGUGUUAAGGAAAAGCUUGUAAUAGACUCACUGAUGUUUUUCUGAGCAGAUACUUGAAGGCUGAAAAAAACAAACGAGCAUUCUGAUGUUCUUAUUAUUCCCCAACAGAAAUGUAGACACACAGGUUAUCAAUGGGUGUCAGUGGGGAUCCAAGGCUGGUGCACACACAGUGUCAUCAGCAAGCUGAUAUGUUGAUGGGCUGAUAUAUUCUGAAAAAUUGAUACAUUAAGGUUUCCAACAGAAAUGCCAUGUGAAUAAUGACAAUGUUCUUCAAAGAUCAAAGGGCAGAGUCCAUCAGAUCUUUCGCGUAGUUCUUGCGUCUCAGGAUUUUCAUGUCUGUAUUGUUUAUGAUGUUGAAGUCAUUCGUUGUGUCUUUUUGACUCUGUUAACAAACUGUAGUCUGCAUUUUAUUUCCUGUUUUGAAACCAAGUAAUUAUUCAUUAAUGGAAAUGUUUAGUCCUGAGCAUUUGCAUUACACAGUACCAUAUCAUCUGGUGGUCACACAUACAUUAAACUACACUGGGAUCUACUGGUAACAUCAGCUGUGUUUUCUAUAGAUCACAUGUGAAUACAGUCAGAAUACUUGAAUUUCACUCACUGAAACCUCUUGGAUGGGAUGUAUCUCAGCAGGCCUGGUUUCCAACACACAAAGAGCAUGAAGGCAGUAGAGCACUCCAGUUCAACUCAUAUUCACUGGGGUGAGCAGACAGUGAUGGGCUGACUCUCUGUGUUAAGCCUCACCAGUAUCCAAAUAGCAGAGGUAUGAAAGGCUGCUCACCCUCCUUGUAGUUGUGGCAGGGUAAAACUGUUCUUUGAGGCCAGUGAACAUGCUUUCUAACGUGGUUUAGCUGGGCAUUGUAACAUGGGAGUCUAAGGGGGAAGAGUCACUCUUGGAGCGAGCUUCAAGUGGCCGUUGGAGGAACUACAAUUUUUGUCAGUUACACAUUUUUAGUCCCAAAUGUGGCAGUUUGUACAUUACCUGGAAAGCCAAAAGAAGCACCUUAAGUAAUCUGAAGGUCUCUUAAAUGUUUGGAUCACAGUCAUCCCAGGAUGUGACUUUGUGAAUUUUUUUUGGUUUGGAUGCCUCUAAUAACCUGAAGAUAUUUUCAUCCACACCAUAGAAUCCGAUAACAGAAGAAGCAGAAUGGAGCAUAAACUGCAGGCAGGGCAUGUUUAUAUUAUCAUAGGGCGUCAGUGAAAAUCCAGUGAGGCUAGAGUCCAUCUUAAUCACAAAACCAUCACUUUAAAAGAUUCUUAUUGAUAGCUUAUUCAAGUCCCAACACUUUUACCGACUCCUGAAAAGAAGCUGCGGUUGAUGCAAGUCUCACCUUUCACAUUUGUUACAAAUUGGUUUAGAUGCAGCUUUAACCGAGCUGAGCAAGUGUUUAGUCUAGCAUGUCUACGAGCAAAGCUGAUAGUUUAUGUCGGCAUAACAGAAUAAAGAGGACUUGAGGCAACUUGUUUACUGUGUUGCUUGCAGUCUAAUGCAUGUAGCAUGUGCAUGCAUACUAUCACAUAUUUCGAGGCAUUUGUACAAACUCAUGUAUUCACUUAAGAGAGUGCAUUUCCUUCCUGGAUCUACUAUGAUGAAGAUGAAGGCGUGGCUACACACAGGACACUUUGCUGCAUUUCCCAGCUAUGCAAAACUCAUUCAUUGUAAGCCACGUGUUUGGCUUAGCUGGCCUUUAAAUUGAUGGUGAUGUGAACAAUUGUACAAAAUGAUGUUCUCUUUUUGAAUAAAGCUAACUGACUGUCA